UAAAGCCAGCUUUUUGCCGCCAGUUGGUUCUCACUGCAUUUUGCGUCUUUCUCUUGCGCGUAUUCCGUUGCAGAAGCUUCAGCAUGUCCGACAAGCCGCCGUACAAAGUUGCUGACAUCAGCCUUGCAGAAUGGGGUCGCAAGGCCCUUGAGAUAGCAGAGAAUGAGAUGCCAGGGUUGAUGAAGAUGCGGGAGAUGUACUCGGCGGCAAAGCCACUAAAAGGUGCUCGGAUUGCUGGUUGCCUACACAUGACUGUGCAGACUGCAGUUCUGAUUGAAACUCUGGGGGCUCUGGGGGCUGAGGUGCAGUGGUCCAGUUGCAAUAUUUUCUCCACUCAGGAUCAUGCUGCUGCAGCUAUUGCCAAAACUGGGAUUCCUGUGUUUGCUUGGAAGGGGGAAACAGAUGAGGAAUACAUAUGGUGCAUCGAGCAAACCCUGUAUUUCAAGGAUGGACAACCCCUAAACAUGAUUCUUGAUGAUGGCGGAGACCUUACCAACUUGGUCCAUACAAAAUAUCCACAGCUCUUGAAAGGAAUCAAAGGAAUAUCUGAGGAGACCACCACUGGAGUCCAUAAUCUCUAUAAAAUGCAUGCCAAUGGGACUCUGAAGUUGCCGGCUAUCAACGUUAAUGACUCUGUCACCAAGAGCAAAUUUGACAAUCUCUAUGGCUGCAGGGAAUCUCUCAUUGAUGGCAUUAAGCGUGCCACAGAUGUCAUGAUUGCAGGGAAAGUGGCCGUUGUGGCAGGCUAUGGCGAUGUUGGCAAAGGCUGUGCUCAAGCCCUCAGAAACUUUGGUGCCAGGGUGAUCAUCACAGAAAUUGAUCCAAUCAAUGCACUGCAGGCAGCCAUGGAAGGCUAUGAAGUUACAACAAUGGAAGAGGCUUGCAAAGAAGGCAACAUAUUUGUUACCACCACUGGAUGCUCAGAAAUUGUGCAGGGAAGGCAUUUUGAGAGAAUGAAAGAUGAUUCCAUUGUGUGCAACAUUGGGCACUUUGAUGUGGAAAUUGACGUCAAGUGGCUGAAUGAGAAUGCUCUGGAGACUGUGAACGUUAAGCCUCAGGUGGACCGCUACACACUAAAAAAUGGCCACCACAUCAUACUUCUGGCAGAAGGCAGGCUGGUGAACUUGGGGUGCGCCAUGGGUCAUCCCAGCUUUGUCAUGAGCAACUCCUUUACCAACCAGGUGCUAGCACAGAUAGAGCUGUGGACACAUCCUGACAAAUAUGCAGUAGGAGUCCAUAUUCUACCAAAGAAGCUGGAUGAAGCCGUGGCUGCUGCUCAUCUGGAUAAACUUGGUGUAAAGCUAACAAAGCUGACCGAUAAGCAGGCCAAGUACCUGGGGCUGCCCAAAGAGGGUCCCUUCAAACCAGACCAUUACAGAUACUGAGCAGCUGGUAGGGCCCAAAAAUCAAGACACAGGGAUAGAAAUCUUCCAAAAUACUUGCUUCCUUGCUGGGAAGUCAGUGAACAGCUCCACCCCUUGUCAUCUUUUACACACAUUUAAUAGUGGUUCUCUUUUGUUACACCUGUCUCUUUUUCUACGUUGUUCUCCCCAGCCAUGCCCUAGUACAUCUCUUUUGGUGAGAAUGCCCCACAACUUUUCUUGCACACUUUUUCAAACAGUUCAGCCAGUGCCUCAGCAGAGCAAUUGUAAUGCUGCAAGGUCAAAAAGGAAUUAGCACAUAGAGUUCAGAUCUGUAUUUCCAGAGUCCUCUCCUAUGCAUCUUCAAGUACCUUGACAAUAAAUAAGCUGGAGGGAAAUAAUGAGAGAAGGGCUGCUUUGUACAAAGAUGCUUCUCUCACCAUGGAAGGUACGGGCUGCACUUCACAGUAGGCUUCAUCUAGCUGCUAUUUCAUAAAUAACUUCAUCAUGCCUAGGUAACUGGAACUUGGCUGGAGAUGACCUGAAACAAAAAAUGCAGGGUUUGCUUAUAUCUGGUCACUGAAUCUCUUGGAUCGCAGAUGUUGGUCCAGAUGUAGCUUUUGUCCGUAUAACAUGAUCUGCUUUGCAUAUACAAUCUCUGUAAUAAGAAAAGACAAUGUUUGAAGAGAGGCGGUAUCUGGAAGGAACUUCUUUCAUAUGUAGAGAAAGAAAGCAAUGUCUGAAAGGACCUUCUUUCAUGUGUAACAAAAUUGGUUCUGUAAGCCUGGAUCCAGGUGUGGAGAGCAGUCAGUUCUCCAAAGAUGACAGCACUGAAUGUCUGCUCGGGCCUAGUUUUUGUAUCUUGUGCCUGUCACAGUGUCUUAAAAUGAGUUUUAUUAAAAAAUCUGCAGUGGUAGCUUUGUUUUCAUUA